AUGUCGUCCAUGAAAGGCUUGGUUCAGUUCAUUGCUGACCUGCGUAAUGCGCGAGCACGAGAAUUGGAGGAAAAACGGGUGAAUAAGGAGCUGGCCAACAUCCGACAGAAGUUCAAGUCAGGAAAUCUAAACGGCUACCAGAAGAAGAAAUACGUGUGCAAGUUGCUCUACGUCUAUAUCCAGGGCUACGAUGUCGACUUCGGACAUCUGGAAGCAGUCAAUCUCAUUUCGUCCACUAAAUACUCCGAAAAGCAGAUCGGAUAUCUAGCUCUUACCCUGUUUCUGCAUGAAGAGCAUGAGAUGCUCCAUUUGGUCGUGAACAGUAUCCGGAAGGAUCUGAUGGAUAAUAAGGAACUGAAUGUGUGUCUGGCCCUGCAUGCAGUGGCCAAUGUGGGAGGUCGUGAGCUUGGAGAGGCGCUAGGAUCUGAGGUCCAUCGACUACUGAUCUCGCCGACCUCAAAAGCUUUCGUUAAGAAGAAGGCUGCUCUAACAUUGCUCCGCUUGUACCGCAAAUAUCCCGACAUUGUUCGGAACGAAUGGGCCGAAAGAAUUAUUUCGAUCAUGGAUGACCCGGAUAUGGGUGUCACACUCUCAGUCACAUCACUUGUGAUGGCCUUGGCGCAAGCCUUGCCCGAUGCAUACAAGGGCUGCUAUGUUAAGGCUGCCCAGCGGCUGAAGCGCAUAGUUGUUGAGAACGAUAUUGCACCAGAUUAUCUCUAUUACCGUGUACCAUGUCCUUGGAUCCAGGUCAAGUUCCUUCGUUUGCUGCAGUACUAUCCCCCAUCAGAUGACAGCCAUAUUCGUCAGAUUAUUCGUGAAUCCCUGUCACAAAUGAUGCAAAGCGCCAUGGAGACACCGAAGAACGUCCAGCAGAACAAUGCACAAAAUGCAAUCCUAUUCGAAGCCAUUAAUCUCCUCAUUCAUCUCGGCUCCGAACACAACCUCAUGAUGCAGAUCUCUACCCGCCUCGGUAAAUACAUCCAGUCCCGUGAGACCAAUGUCCGAUAUCUUGGUCUGGAUGCUAUGACGCACUUUGCUGCUCGAGCAGAGACCUUAGACCCCAUUAAAAAGCAUCAAAGUAUCAUCCUGGGCUCUCUCCGGGACAGAGACAUUAGUGUUCGCCGCAAAGGAUUAGAUCUAUUGUACAGCAUGUGCGAUACUUCAAAUGCAGGGCCCAUCGUCAAUGAGCUACUGCGUUACCUACAGACGGCUGAUUAUGCCAUCCGAGAAGAGAUGGUAUUAAAAGUGGCUAUUCUUACUGAGAAAUAUGCUACGGAUGCGCAAUGGUAUAUUGACAUGACCUUGAAACUACUUUCUCUUGCCGGUGAUCAUGUCAACGACGAAGUAUGGCAGCGGGUGAUCCAGAUUGUAACCAACAACGAAGAACUGCAGGCAUAUGCAGCCCAUACUUUACUUGGCUACCUGAAAACAGACUGCCACGAGAGUUUGGUCAAGAUUGGUUGCUACGUUCUUGGCGAGUUUGGCCACCUUAUUGCUGAGAAUCAGGGAUCAAGCCCGAUUGAGCAGUUCCUGGCUUUACAAACCAAGAUGUUUACUGGUUCCGACAAUGCAAGGGCCAUGAUCCUCUCGUCCUUUGUCAAGUUUGUCAACUUAUUCCCUGAGAUUAAACCGCAACUAUUGCAGAUCUUCCGUCUGUAUAGUCACUCCCCCGAUUCCGAGUUGCAACAACGAGCAUUUGAGUACUUGUCACUAGCCACACUCCCAAGUGAUGACCUGCUCCGGACGGUUUGCGACGAGAUGCCACCUUUCUCUGACCGAACAUCUAUUCUUCUGUCACGACUGCACCAGAAGACAGCUGGCACCAGUGAGAAGAAAACUUGGGUAGUUGGCGGAAAGACUGCCAAUGAUGAUAAGCAGGAAGUACUCAUGGCCCAGAAUACCGGCCUCAAGCGUUCCUUUACUACUAUUGUCCACGGCGCACGGACUGGGACUGGAGCUGCAACCGGGGCUAGUGGACCCUCCACCCCCACUAACUCAUCAUCUGGCGAUUUAGCCGGAUUGGACUUCAGCGGACCUUCGGGGCCUGCUCCUAACCUAGCCAGCGCAGCGCAUCUGACGCCUGAAUGGGACAUUGGCUACAACCGACUUUACUUUACUAAUGAAGGUGUCCUCUUUCAGGAUGCCCAGAUUCAGGUUGGCUUACGUUCAGAAUACCGUGGUCACAUGGGUGUUGUGAAGCUCUACAUCUCGAACAAGUCCUCAUACCCCAUCGGAUCCUUGACAACCACUAUAGACAACCCUGCGGCUCCGAACCUGAAAAUCGACAGCAAAAAUCUUCCUGACCCAAGCGUGGCCGCCUCUAGCCAAACCCAACAGACCUUCUUCUGUGCCGCGCAUGGGCCCUUCUCCGAUGCUCCCACUAUUCGUAUCUCAUACCUGGCCGGUGCUCUACAGGCUUACACCCUCCAGCUACCUGUUCUGAUGCACCGAUACAUGGAACCCUCUACUCUGUCUGCUGAUGAAUUCUUCAAGCGCUGGCGCCAGAUUGGUGAUGGACCUCUGGAGGCCCAGAAGACUUUUGGAAUAAGCGGCAAGAACAAGAGCAUCAAUGAGGCAUUCACACGCCAGUCAGUGGAAGGCUUCGGAUGGAAGAUCCUCGAUGGUGUGGACCCGAACAACCAGAAUAUCGUCGGUUGUGCAGUGUACCAGUUUGAGGGUGGCAAGACUGGCUGUCUGCUGCGACUGGAACCCAACUACGAGAAAUCGAUGUAUCGGGUCACUGUUCGCGCGACCCAGGAAGGCAUUCCACAGGGACUGGUCAAACAGAUGGAGCAGAAGCUGUCUCAGGGAAGAAAAUUGAAUGCACCAGGAGUUUAUGAUCCGUAA